AUGGCUAGGAAGUCAACCCAACGGGUCAGCUAUGUGCUGUCACCACCAGAUGCACCCGGCGGUCACAGGCUGGGUGUGAAUGGCCUUGCUGUUGAUACCACGAGCUCGGUCCUGUAUUCUGCCGGGCGAGAUGGUGUAAUAUGUGCCUGGGAUUUGAAUCUUAACCUACGAACACGUAACGAUCUACACGAUUUUUCACAGAAUAAUACACCCUCCCGUUCAUCUACUUCCGCCUCAUUCAGAAGCCAAGUCCAAGCUCACACACAUUGGAUUAACGAUAUUAUCUUGACUCAGAAUAAUUCGACCCUCGUAUCUGCUUCCUCAGAUACCACAGUAAGAGCAUGGAGACCGACAGGCAAUGGUCAUGUACCAACAGUUAUUGGAAAACAUACCGAUUACGUCAAAUGUCUUGCAACUCCUCAGUCAGACGCCGACUGGGUUGCAUCAGGGAGCUUGGACCAUAAAAUAUACCUUUGGGACUUAAAUGGUGGUGGAGAGCGGUUGAAAAUUGAUGUUUCUGAAUAUGAUAAGACACCUAAAGGCUCAGUGUAUGCUUUAAGUGCGAAAGGGUCCAUCUUAGCCAGCGGCGGCCCUGAUAGCGUUGUCCGAAUAUGGGACUCUAAAUCUGGGAAACUAAUUACUAAAUUUGUCGGCCACACAGAUAAUGUCAGGAGUAUCCUUCUUAACCGCGAUGGCGAUACAGUUUUGACAGCAUCGUCUGAUCAAACUAUCAAAGUGUGGUCUAUGGCAGCCGGACGAUGUAUGCACACUCUUACCAUGCAUAACGACAGCGUGUGGUCACUUUACUCAGACCACCCUCAAUUAUCUGUUUUCUAUUCAAGUGAUAGAUCUGGCUUAGUGGCGAAAACAGAUACCAGAAACGCUCCGGAUAUUGAUCAGGGAAUUUGCAUCGCUGCCUUGCAGGAAAAUGAUGGCGUGUUUAAAGUCGUGGCAGCUGGGGGUCAUAUCUGGACAGCAACACCCAAAUCCAGCAUCCAUCGUUGGAAUGACGUUGAUACGACUGCGGAGAUUGAAGCCGCAACACCUCCGCCUGCCGGCCGACAUACCUCAAGUGUGACAUCCCCAACAUCUUCGGAUGACAACAAAAAUGGACCGCGGCCUGCAAACCAAAAAAUCCCUGCCAGCUCCAUCCUUAUCUUGUCAAACACCGCGUUUCCGAACCCCAUGCACCGUGAGGCUGAUGUUGUGAGCUUGUCCGUCUCCAGCUUACGAGCUCCCACUGAUAUCCUUUUGGAUGAGGGAAUAACUCUCGCAACCCCUCUUCAGUCAUUACCUCAGGAGACAAUAGAAGGGCAACAUGGUGUGAUAAAGCACAUAACUCUGAAUGAUAGAAAGCGGGCUUUGACCCAAGAUACUGCUGGGGACGUCGUUCUAUGGGACUUACUUAGGUGUAUUCCUAUAAAACUUUUCGGUAAACGCCAUCUGGAUGAUGUUGCAUCAGAAGUUAAUACUGCUGAAACAAUCGCCAAUUGGUGUACCUUACAUACAAGAACCGGGAGAUUAUCUGUAAUACUGGAGCAAAACCGAUGCUUUGAUGGGGAAAUAUAUGUUGAUCAAGCUGAUCUCCCUAGCACAGAUACGAAUGAAUAUCGAGAAGACCAGAGGAUCAAUUUUGGAAAAUGGAUACUUCGGUACCUCUUUGACGGAAUAGUCAAAGAAGAAAUCCAGCGAGAUGAAGCUUACAGACUAACCCUUAAACUGAAGUCUGAUCAGAAAGGAGGAUGCGACUAUGAUAUUUUGGAUACCACAGCGCUCCCAACUGUCACCACACCCGGCUCGCCUGAGACAUCGAUUCCACCUAGUUCUCCCGGCUUGAGAGCUGUAGGGAUAACCCGCGCAGCUAUGACUCCGGGGAUAUCCAUUGGCGUAGGGACACCGAACAUGGUUUCACCUUUCCCUGAAUUGCAUAAUUCCAGCAAUGGACCCUUAGCAAAUGACAACUCCGUUGGUAAGGAUGUGCCGGGUUCUUCCGAUUAUUUUGCCAAUACGACAAAACGCCCAUCAACAGAUGCAGAUCCAGCCAUGAAAUCCAGAUCCUCUGAUGAACAAACACCACUAUCUGUUCCAAUAGCGACCCCUUCAGAGCCAGAAAAAGAAGAAAGACCUAAGAAGGGAACAACUCUCUUUGGCAAGAAAUUUCAAAUGACAUUCCCAAAGAAGUCCAAAGUUGCUACCGAAACGAAACCAAUUGCGGAAGAGAAAACUGAAGAAUCGGAUAAAUCCUCUGAAAAGGAACGGCCUUUUGAUGACAAUUUUCGCGGAGUUAUUGACAAAAUACAUGCCGACUAUGAUGCAUACUUGGCCGCAAACCCUUGCAAAGACAUAGAAACCUUAAUUACGCCUACACCAGAAAAUGAGGCACCAGUUCUGAAUAUUCCGCCUCAUAUAGGUAUUCUUAUCCAAGAAGAAAAUCCAGAUUCAGCCGUUGCUGCAGAUCUAUAUAGGGGUACUGUUGGAACUGUCCAUCAAGAUAUUGAUGCCUUCGAAAAAGCUGCCCCUUCUUGGCUCGCUGAUCUUCUACUUCGAAAUAUUGUCCCGUUCAAAGAAAUACCCAAAAUAGCAUUCUCCUUAAAACCAUACCAGGAUUCUCUUCCAGAGGUUAUUAAGCCUGACAUGACCGCACCGAACAAUUCAUCUCGCCUCAAUGCAAAUCGAAUGCUACGUGCGAAGAAGAUUCUUGCAUAUGUUGCGGAACGAAUUGACCCGCAGAAUAUGGAGAGUGAAGACGCCCUGAAACCAGAAGAGUAUCUCGAGUUAUAUUGUCAAAAUACGUUAAUACCUAUGGAUAUGACCCUUGCCACCAUACGUACUCACAUAUGGCGAACUGGAAAUGAUAUGGUUCUUGUGUACAAGGCAAAUGGAAAGCGAAAGAUUCCACUUCCAGUAGAAGACGCCGAGGCCGGAAAGGAGGAGAAACCUAGUGUUGGUCUCGCAAAUGGGGAAACACCAGGGCCCGACCAGAAACCACGCGUGAAUGGGAAACCCUCUGACACAGAUGCAACUGGAGCAACGCAGGCUCAGCCACUAUCAGAACCGGAAGCCGCUUCGUAG